AUGAAAAUAUUCGAUCUUUUUAUCUCGGUUCUGUACCUCGGUACAACUGCCUUCGGUACCCCAGCGAAGGGUGCCCGCGCAAACACCGUAAGCAGAACCACACCACCAUCAGGAUGCCUCUCUGUAGGCUCGAGCGGAACAUACUCUACCAUAUCUGCCGCACUCACUGCACUAGGCUCUGGCACCUACGCCGAACAGAUCAAAAUCGAUUACGCGGGAUCUCUUAUUAUCUAUGGCGAAACGACGGAUUCUGGUCUUUACAAAGACAACACUGUUACUAUCACGAAUACCAUCUCGUCAGAAGAGGCCGGGUCUCUGGACCUGAGUGCGACGGUUAAUAUUGUAUCGGAUGGGGUUAGUCUGUAUAAUAUUAAUGUUGUGAAUGGGUAUGGAAAGGGAGCACAGGCAUUCUCUGGAUACCAGGAUACGCUCUAUGCUAAAUCUGGAACACAAUAUUACUCCAACUGCUUGAUCGAAGGAGCCGUAGACUAUAUUUUCGGCGACGCCUCCGCCUGGUUUGGUGAAUGCGAUAUCGUUUCCAACGGCUCAGGCUCUAUCACCGCCAACUCGCGUGAAGAAUCUACCGAUAGUUCCUGGUAUGCGAUCGAUCACUGCAAUAUCAAGGCUGCUUCGGGUGUGAGUCUCGAUGGUGAAGUUUAUCUUGGUCGGCCGUGGCGCGUUCUUGCACGUGUCAUUUACCAAAAUUCCGUGCUGGGCGAUCUGAUCAAUGCUGCCGGUUGGACGACUAUGGCAACUGGGGCGACUCCGCUUUAUUAUGAAUAUGAUAAUACUGGUGAUGGAUCGUCUACUUCUGAUCGACUGUAUGAGACGUCGAUCUCUGCGGGUGUUACGAAGACGACUGUUCUUGGUAGUGGGUAUGGGGAUUGGAUUGAUGAAAGAGAGAAGUCUGAAAUUCUCGAUUUAAGUAUCCGCGCCCAGAGUAUCCGCGAGAAACAAGAAAAAAACAAAAAGAAACGUCCCCGGGAAGGCUCGAACUUCCAACCUCCUGAUUAA